GAAACACUCACAGUGUAUUGAGGUGGCCGAAGAGGAGACAAUGAGAAGCGGCUUGCUGUUGGCGAUCCUGUCCCUUAUGAUGACUCUCCGAUCAUGUCAGUCCAGCUGCGAGGAGCAGGAGCCGCACAGAUCGGAACUAAAGGAUAGCCCGAGUUUUGGGAAUUUCCCGCGUGGCUUUCUGAAGAGGUAUAACGGCAUAGAUUACGACAGCUUCGUGGGCCUUAUGGGCAGAAGAAGCACAGGCGCAAAUGACCUACCACGUCCACAUAAAAGAGACAUGCAUGAUUUCUUUGUGGGCUUAAUGGGUCGGCGAAGUUCAGAAUCUGGUAAUGUUCGCCCUUGGAGAAAGGAGCAUCCAGAGAGAACAGGAGGUAUUUUCUUCAAUAAGUGCAAAUUGAGGUUUCGUCGUGGUGUCUAGGCUGCUGCCAUCGCCUCAUGCUCAGCGGAAGAUGUUAGCAUCUUGCCUAGUGUGCUCCUUUUUGGUUCCAGAUUUUAGAUAUCAUUUUAUGAAUAAAAACAGCUUCUGUUUCUUCUGGGUAAAGGAAAAUAGACUGCAGGCCUAAAACUGAAACUCUGUGGCAAACAAAUAUAAAGGGUGUCCAAGAUCUGUAU